AGUAAAGAACUGGGGAAGUGUCACAACAGCUAGCUAACCUAGCUCUGACACCACACGGAUAACUGUAGUCGUCACGGAUAGCCAAAGCGUGGUGGUGGGAUCAUACCCUUGACCACUGCAACCUUCUUAGACAGAGAGACGUAAGCUCCAGUUGCUGGUUGGAGUCUCUGAAAGGCAGUUUUUUCUGAUGUUGAGUCAGUGUCGUGUUUGAUUUAAACAUCAGUCUCUGGAACACAUACAUCAAAUCUCUGGGAGAGAGAAAGAGAAGAACAUGGGAGUCGCUAACUCUAGGGACUACCAUCCGUACCACCCCUCACAGUCUCCCAUCAAGGUGGUGCUGAAAAGUGAGUAUGGGUGCAGAUGAACUAUGGAUCGUUUAAUUGCUGGAUGACUGUGUUAGUGAGCGUCAUCUUUCUAGAGCUGCAAUUGCCAAUAACAUAACAGUGUUAAGUCUGUGUCUAGUUUGUUUUCCAACAUGUUGAAGUAGUGUAAGAUGUGGUCAUUAGAUAUUAGAAACAACUUGUUAUUAGGUUGUAAUACAUCUGUCUUAAGCUAUAUUGUGACCUGUUAAUAUAACCUACCUCUUUUCAUGAAUUCAGUUAACAGGGAAUAGGUAAGGGGACAGGGGACGUUUAUGAAGGGAUAUGAGGAGAAGGAAGUGUGUAAUGUGAAUAAGGGGACUUAGACUAAUUAUUAUGGGAAUAUGCUGUAGUAGUAUCAGGAGUCAAACUUGUGUAAUAAUUAUAUAAUAGUGACUCUUAAAGGGCAAUUCCACCACUAUUCAACCUAAUUUUCAUUAUCUCAAACACAAUACUAGUGUCAAAAUUUGUGAAAACGGCACAUUUCUACAUUUUGUAGAAAUAAAUAUAAAGUAAAAAAGAUCUACCCAAUGACAUCAUCAAAAGUUAAAACAUUUUAAAAACGGUGAUUUUAAAACACUAUGAGAUUCACGAUGACGUGGGGAGCAACAAAAUACCAUCCCUCUCGCAAAUCCUACCCUGUGGUGUCACAGAGAAGCAUUUUUUAGGACCUUUUCUUUAAACACAGAUCAUAGAAAUGCUCUGUUUUCACAUAUGUAGGCACUGGUUUGGUGCUGGAGAUAAUGAAUAUGAGGUUGAAAAGUGGCGGAUUCGCCGUUAAACUCUAAUAUAGCCUAACCUGCAGCACACAAAGGAUUUGUAUGUUUCCCAGUGAUGUUUGACUGUUGAUGUGUUGUGCACCAUCUGUCAGGGCUGGAGACCAGCUUCAAACCUACAUUAUAGUCACUGCCUGUAUGAAGGAAACAUCAAUUCUUUAGAUUUGCAUGAAAUAUGAAUGCAUUGAUGCAAGGAUUUUUGUUGACUGGUAUUCAAGGGAGCCACAGUAUUACACGUUAUGGGUCAUUGUGCUUUUGGCUGUACAGUAAGUACUAUCCCAUUCAUCAGAACCAUAGGCAUUGUAAUGCCUAUUAUGUGAUUCUAGGGGCAAAUCAGCACUUUGUUCAAUGUUUUGCGGACCCUGAUGGACACUCCAUAGCAUUCACUACGUCUCUUUAUGAAAUCGUUACGUUUCAAUAUGGCCAUUACAGAAUAGAAGGCCAUGUCUCAAAUAUGGCUUUUCAGACAAUCAUAUUUCACGGCUUUUAGAAAGUUCUCACAGAGCUUGUUUCCCACUCACAGUUGUCCGCCAGUGUUUGUUAUGAAGUUGAGAUUUUGAUGAAGUAAUACAGUGUCUUGAUUUUUAUUUGCUAGUUCUUCAGUCUUGUGAAGAUAGGGGGGUGAUUGGAACAGGAAAUGUUACAUCCAUGUUUUUGUAAAAUAUGCCUCUUACAUCAGAUCAUCUUGCAAAUGUCUCUGCAAAGCUAUCUUUCAUCAAGGUUUUAUAUGGUCUAUAAUUUGUCUCUUUAUAAAAAAAAUAUUGUUGGUAUCCUUUUUCAGCGUUAUGAUACAGUGGGGAGAACAAGUAUUUGAUACACUGCCGAUUUUGCAGGUUUUCCUACUUACAAAGCAUGUAGAGGUCUGUAAUUUUUAUCAUAGAAAAUCCAGAAAAUCACAUUGUAUGAUUUUUAAGUAAUUCAUUUGCAUUUUAUUGCAUGACAUAAGUAUUUGAUACAUCAGAAAAGCAGAACUUAAUAUUUGGUACAGAAACCUUUGUUUGCAAUUACAGAGAUCAUAUGUUUCCUGUAGGUCUUGACCAGGUUUGCACACACUGCAGCAGGGAUUUUGGCCUACUCCUCCAUACAGACCUUCUCCAGAUCCUUCAGGUUUCGGGGCUGUCGCUGGGCAAUACGGACUUUCAGCUCCCUCCAAAGAUUUUCUAUUGGGUUCAGGUCUGGAGACUGGCUAGGCCACUCCAGGACCUUGAGAUGCUUCUUACGGAGCCACUCCUUAGUUGCCCUGGCUGUGUGUUUCGGGUCGUUGUCAUGCUGGAAGACCCAGCCACGAACCAUCUUCAAUGCUCUUACUGAGGGAAGGAGGUUGUUGGCCAAGAUCUCGCGAUACAUGGCCCCAUCCAUCCUCCCCUCAAUACGGUGCAGUCGUCCUGUCCCCUUUGCAGAAAAGCAUCCCCAAAGAAUGAUGUUUCCACCUCCAUGCUUCACAGUUGGGAUGGUGUUCUUGGGGUUGUACUCAUCCUUCUUCUUCCUCCAAACACGGCGAGUGGAGUUUAGACCAAAAAGCUCUAUUGACCUUCUCCCAUUCCUCCUCUGGAUCAUCCAGAUGGUCAUUGGCAAACUUCAGACGGGCCUGGACAUGCGCUGGCUUGAGCAGGGGGACCUUGCGUGCGCUGCAGGAUUUUAAUCCAUGACGGCGUAGUGUGUUACUAAUGGUUUUCUUUGAGACUGUGGUCCCAGCUCUCUUCAGGUCAUUGACCAGGUCCUGCCGUGUAGUUCUGGGCUGAUCCCUCACCUUCCUCAUGAUCAUUGAUGCCCCACGAGGUGAGAUCUUGCAUGGAGCCCCAGACCGAGGGUGAUUGACCGUCAUCUUGCACUUCUUCCAUUUUCUAAUAAUUGCGCCAACAGUUGUUGCCUUCUCACCAAGCUGCUUGCCUAUUGUGCUGUAGCCCAUCCCAGCCUUGUGCAGGUCUAUAAUUUUAUCCCUGAUGUCCUUACACAGCUCUCUGGUCUUGGCCAUUGUGGAGAGGUUGGAGUCUGUUUGAUUGAGUGUGUGGACAGGUGUCUUUUAUACAGGUAACGAGUUCAAACAGGUGCAGUUAAUACAGGUAAUGAGUGGAGAACAGGAGGGCUUCUUAAAGAAAAACUAACAGGUCUGUGAGAGACGGAAUUCUUACUGGUUGGUAGGUGAUCAAAUACUUAUGUCAUGCAAUAAAAUGCAAAUUAAUUACUUAAAAAUCAUACAAUGUGAUUUUCUGGAUUUUUGUUUUAGAUUCCGUCUCUCACGGUUGAAGUGUACCUAUGAUAAAAAUUACAGACCUCUACAUGCUUUGUAAGUAGGAAAACCUGCAAAAUCGGCAGUGUAUCAAAUACUUGUUCUCCCCACUGUAUCCAUUACAUCCAUAACAGUGGUGGAUGUGAUGGAUAUGGAUGUAUCAAAUCUUGGCUUCAGAAGCAUGUGCAUUCACCACAUUGUGUCAGCUUCUUUAGACUUUUAAGCAAUUGUUGAUAUCUUGAAAAUUAUGUGAUAUCUUAGAUAAUACAGUAUAUGCAGAAAUGCAUUUCUCGUACAUGGCAGUAGUGUUUUUUUUAGAUGGAAAGAUGAAAAUAGUGUUUAUCCGUAAUCUGUGGACCGUCCUGGAGUGUCUUAUUCAAAUGAAACCCCCCAAAAUAUGCUGACUUCAUUCAGUGUCCAGAAAAGUGGAUUGGUGGUAUAGGUACAUCUACAGUAUAUUGCCUCUUUUGCAUACUUAAAUAUAAUAUUUCAGAAAAGGAUCUUCAAUGCUGCAGUCAUUUUUUGGUACCCUUCCCCAGAUCUGUGCCUCAACACAAUCCUGUCUCGGAGCUCUACGGAUAAUUCCUUCGAUCUCAUGGCUUGGUUCUUGCUCUGACAUGCACUGUCAACUGUGGGACCUUAUAUAGACAGGUGUGUGCCUUUCCAAAUCAUGUCCAAUCAAUGGAAUUUACCACAGGUGGACUCCAAUCAAGUUGUAGAAACAUUUCAAGGAUGAUCAAUGGAAACAGGAUGCACCUGAGCUCAAUUUCGAGUCUCAUAGCAAAGGGUCUGAAUACUUAUGUAAAUAAGGUAUAUUUCUUUUUUAUACAUUUGUAAAAAUCUCUAAAAACCUGUUUUCUCUUUGUCAUUAUGGGGUAUUGUGUGUAGGUUGAUGAGAAUGAAUAAAUAAUUUAAUCAAUUUUAGAAUAAGGCUGUAAUUUAACAAAAUGUGGAAAAAGUCAAGGGGUCUGAAUACUUUCUGAAUGCACUGUAUGUAAUGGGGAAUUAAUAGACACAGCAAACAAUGCACACAAAGUUAUGAAACAAUGAAUACCCACGAAAUGGCAGGAGAGAACGCAUUCUGGAGCAAGACGUGCCUUGUGCAUCUGAGCCACAAUCCCCAUAAUCUUGGACCAUGUCAUCCCUGUAGCCUCCUCAAUGGAUUAGUCCACUGAGAGGCGCAAAUUAGACCGGUGUCUCGUGUGCCAUAACAAAAAUAUAUAUAUUUGCGACUGCUGGACUAAACAAAUGUCAUGUUUUCAAUACAGACCCCUUUUGUCAUACAGUAUUCCAUAUAAGGCAACCAGACCUGAUGAAAGUUGCACAGUAUACCCUUAAUCUUGUAAUAAAUCAAAUCUAGUGAUACAUAACUUGACAUUUCUUCCAUCCAUUGUAACAUUGUGGGAGGAUAACCAACCUUCCAAUUAUUGGCAACGUGGUCCUCUGUAGCUCAGCUGGUAGAGCACGGCGCUUGUAACGCCAAGGUAGUGGGUUCGAUCCCCGGGACCACCCAUACACAAAAAAUGUAUGCACGCAUGACUGUAAGUCGCUUUGGAUAAAAGCGUCUGCUAAAUGGCAUAUUAUUAUUUAUUAUUAUUUCUUAUCCACUAGAAAUGCUAGGUUACAUAGUUUCUUCUGAUAACAUUCUUCAGUAUCAACAGUUCCAAGCAAACAAAAACAGGGAGAAGGGAGUAUCUGUAGACAUGCUGAGAGAAAAGAACAUACUCUUUGACAGAAUUCAGCCAGCCUUCACAAGAUCAUAACAUGCAAAUAUGUCCCCUUUUGUGUUUUAGACCUUCAGCAGAGGAAUUACAUUUCUGAGUGCAUGAUAUUCAGUUUCACUGGUAUAUAGUAUAUUAUAUGGAUGGUCUUAAACUGCAGUAAUUUAUUUCUGAGAUUAUAUGAACAUGACUGGGCAUUCAAACAUAUCUGUAUCCAUUCAUCAUCAUCCCAGGUCUUCACCUGAGCUCCGUAGACUGGUCUUCCCUGGCUGUCUGACCCUGCUGGGACACCGGCCACCAUCUGAUCCUGCUAAGACAUGAUGAGCAUAGUACUGUGUACUGACUGUGCACCAUGACAGUGUAGCCUGUAGAGCUGUUGAUUCCAUGUCAGUAUGAAAUGUAGGGAAUUAGCUCGGGAAACUGACAGAUCAAUAACGUUACAUUCAAUAACGUCUAGUUCAUUGAAGCAAAAAUAAUAGCUAAAGUCAGUAGGUUAGCUAGCUAACGUUUGCCAACUUUUGGCUAGCUCUAAUGGUACACCAACUGUUGAAAACAAGCCAAAGGAAUUUACUUCUGUUGAAAUGGGACAAAAAGGGUACAAAACAUUUCCAUACACACAACAGCUGUUAGAUACAGCUACCUGACAGAGACUAGAGCUGAACUGGCUGUGGUAUCUACUAGCUAGCUAGUUCAUUCUCUUUAGACACAACUUCAGUCAAGAGUGGAUGUAACAUUACUGUAGGUAACGUUACAUUUCAGUUACACUACUAGUUAAGCACUGGGAAUAAUUAAGUCAAACAGCAGUUACAGUUGAAGUUGGAAGUUUUACAUACACUUAGGUUGGAGUCAUUAAAACUCGUUUUUCAACCACUCCACAAAUGUCUUGCUAACAAACUAUAGUUUUGGCAAGUCGGUUAGGACAUCUACUUUGUGCAUGACACAAGUACUUUUUCCAACAGUUGUUUACAGACAGAUUAUUUCACUUAUAAUUCACUGUAUCACAAUUCAAGUGGGUCAGAAGUUUACAUACACUAAGUUGACUGUGCCUUUAAACAGCUUGGAAAAUUCCAGAAAAUGAUAUCAUGGCUUUAGAAGCUUCUGAUAGGCUAAUUGACAUCAUUUGAGUCAAUUGGAGGUGUACCUGUGGAUGUAUUUCAAGGCCUACCUUCAAACUCAGUGCCUCUUUGCUUGACAUCAUGGGAAAAUCAAAAGAAAUCAGCCAAGACCUCAGAAAAAAAAAUUGUAGACCUCCACAAGUCUGGUUCAUCCUUGGGAGCAAUUUCCAAACGCCUGAAGGUACCACGUUAAUCUGUACAAACAAUAGUACGCAAGUAUAAACACCAUGGGACAACGCAGCCGUCAUACCACUCAGGAAGGAGACGCGUUCUGUCUCCUAGAGAUGAACGUACUUUGGUGCGAAAAGUGCAAAUCAAUUCCAGAACAACAGCAAAGGACCUUGUGAAGAUGCUGGAGGAAACGGGUACAAAAGUAUCUAUAUCCACAGUACUAUAUUGACAUAACCUGAAAGGCCGCUCAGCAAGGAAGAAGCCACUGCUCCAAAACCGCCAUAAAAAAGCCAGACUACGGUUUGCAACUGCACAUGGGGACAAAGAUCGUACUUUUUGGAGAAAUGUCCUCUGGUCUGAUGAAACAAAAAUAGAGCUGUUUGGCCAUAAUGACAAUCGUUAUGUUUGGAGGAAAAAGGGGGUCGCUGGCAAGCCGAAGAACAGCAUCCCAACCGUGAAGCACGGGGGUGGCAGCAUCAUGCUGUGGGGGUGCUUUGCUGCAGGAGGGACUGGUGCAAUUCACAAAAUAGAUGGCAUCAUGAGGAAGGAAAAUGAUGUGGAUAUAUUGAAGCAACAUCUCAAGACAUCAGUCAGGAAGUUAAAGCUUGGUCGCAAAUGGGUCUUCCAAAUGGACAAUGGCCCCAAGCAUACUUCCAAAGUUGUGGCAAAAUGGCUUAAGGAUAACAAAGUCAAGGUAUUGGAGUGGCCAUCACAAAGCCCUGACCUCAAUCCUAUAGAGAAUUUGUGGGCAGAACUGAAAAGGCGUGUGCGAGCAAGGAGGCCUACAAACCUGACUCAGUUACACCAGCUCUGUCAGGAGGAAUGGGCCAAAAUUCACCCAACUUAUUGUGGGAAGCUUGUGGAAGGCUACCCGAAACGUUUGACCCAAGUCAAACAAUUUAAAGGCAAUGCUACCAAAUACUAAUUGAGUGUAUGUAAACUUCUGACCCACUGGGAAUGUGAUGAAAGAAAUAAAAGCUGAAAUAAAUAAUUCUCUCUACUAUUAUUCUGACAUUUAAAAUUCUUAAAAUAAAGUGGUGAUCCUAACUGACCUAAGACAGGGAAUUUUUACUAGGAUUAAAUGUCAGGAAUUGUGAAAAACUGAGUUUAAAUGUAUUUGGCUAAGGUGUAUGUAAACUUCCGACUUCAACUGUACAUUGCAAGCUACAUCAGUCAAAUAAAGAGCAGCCAGUUUCUGCUCUGCUUGCUUUUACAACUCGGAGAAAAAGCACAACACACAUAGAGACAGCAGCUGCAGACAGCAGCACCAUGCCUUUCAGAAGCUUUGCCUUCACACUGCCUGUCCGCACGCUCUGUGGUGUCCGCGCAGCCCUAAAUCCAGCCAUCUGAAACUGCCAAACAGUCUACCCGACUGCAAUAAAAAGCAUCCACCUGGUCCCUAAGCACACCGAUGCCAGUUUUAGUGUCACAGUGCAAUGAUAAAACUGGGGGACAAAAAUGCAAUUUUAGAAUGUGGAGGGGUCAUUUCCCCCCCGUUCCCAGUGAGUUGCGCCCCUGGUUGUCAUUUCAGGUUUAUGUUUGUUCAUGAUCUAAGAAAUAUGGAUUUGUUUCCAAAAUUAGGGAGUUGUUUCAGAAUGCAGUUGUUAUCAUAAUUUUGAAGUCCAUUGAGUCUAUAGCAGUCACCUGUCAGUCUCCACUCAACACUCAUCUCUCAGAGCAAUGCAUUGUGGGAUAGCAGGCGCUAAAUCCCGUUAUGUGGUGCCCGAUUACUGCGGUAAUCCACUGGACUGUUUUCCACUAAAGUAAGUGUGUGUGUGUGUGUGUGUGUGUAUGUGUGUGACUCUGGGUAAUCCACUGCACUAUAAAUAAUCACUUAGAUUUUCCCCCCUCUCUCUCUGAAUCAAAGUGACCUUAGUUUCCAGUACUGUAUACUCCACUAUGAUUACCACUAUUAUACUGAGAGUAUCUCUGCUGAAAAUGCUUACAGAGGGGUACACACACCUCUCCUUGAGAUGUGCUUCAGCAGUAUAAAGUUAAGCCCCAGAUAUCCCUAAACCUUAGAUAUGGAAACCUUGUGAGACGGGACCUAGGCCAACCUGGCAACCACAGUGGAGAUUCACUCAGAGGUUUCUGGUUUUCUCAGAGGCAGACAUUGACAGAGUGCCUAGAGAAGUGUUCCUGGUGAGGGUUACUGUCCUGCCUCCUCACAUUUACCUGUCCCCUUUUUAUAUAAUGAUUGGUGUGUAUUGUUAUUCUGUAGUUCUGUCCAUCCUGUAAGCUGAUUGUUAUCCACCUGGAAGAUGAAUGCAUCUGAUCUUCAUGUUUCAUGCAAAGUUUUGUUUUUCUAGAAUGUGGUGUGCUUGCAUGUUGAGGUCCAGGAAUAUUCACUUCUGUACUAUUUUGUCAAAUUGUAUGAUUCUGCUUUGGUUGCUUCUGUUCUCCCUACAUGUUUUCUCACUCUCUGUUCAUCAAUUGAUGCCAUGAGUCAAAGACAGACUUGAGAAUAGUCUGUGGAUGUCCCUACUUCUGCAUAUAGACAAGCCACCUAAUAAUCCUUUAUACAAUGGCUAGUUCUGGCCACACAUUAUGAUUUGCAUUUGAAAAUUGAAUACUUCAUCUUUGCGAUUAGCAAUGUCAUAGACUGAAUGAGAGCUAGCAAGCUACACUCUGUAAUGAGUGUUCUAUUACAUGACAUUCAGAGGAAUGGUAGUGUACAUUCAGAUCGAAAUGCUGAAUUAAAUAUCCUCACCUUCGGGAAACAACCUGAUGUAUUUAUUUUUACUUUAUGUCCCUUUAGGACGCAAUGAGCCCCUGAAGAAGGAGUGCACUAAAUGGAAGAGUGAGUACCCUAUGACGGAGGGCCAGCUGAGGAGUAAGAGGGAUGAGUUUUGGGACACGGCUCCAGCCUUCGACGGCAGGAAGGAGAUUUGGGAUGCGCUCCGAGCGGCAGCAGUGGCCGCAGAGGUUAACGACCUGGAACUGGCUCAGGCCAUAGUGGACGGAGCCUGCAUCACACUACCACACGGUGAGACACACGCACAUGCAUACACGCACACACACAGACUCACACGCACGUUCCAUCUCAAUAACUAACUAAUCUAACAUUAGUAUUUAUAACAUUUGGCACCAACCUGAAGGCCAUUAUAAUGCUAUAUCAAACCUAUGCCUAAGCCCAAAUCGACUCCUACACUCUUAGAAAAAAGGGUUCCAAAAGGGUUCUUCGGCUGUCCCCAUAGGAGAACCCUUUUCGUUUCCAGGUAAAAUCCUUUUUGGUUCCAGGUAGAACCGUUUUUGGUUUCAUGUAGAACCCCUCUGUGGAAAGUGUUCUACAUGGAACCCAAAAUGGUUCUGCUUGGAACCAACAAGGGUUCUUCAAAGGGUUCUCCUAUGGCAACAUCCGAAGAACCCUAUUAGGUUCUAAGAUAGCCCCUUUUUUUCUAAGAGUGUAACUCCCUAUAUGCACUUGUGGAGAUCUGAAUGGAUUGGACUGGUAUCAAUAUAGUAAUAGCUCCACCAUGUAUUUUUAUAGCCUGGGUGAUGUAUCCUGACGGAACCAGCCUGAUCACAUGACAGAUGGCUUACCAUUAUGUUUCACUUAACACUGCGAUCAGGCUGGUUCCACCAGGCUAUGGGUGACAUAAUUCAUGACCAGUUAGCUGAUUCGUGAUCUGUGUGUCUCUGUGGUUAUCAGAUUACUGCUGUGUGGUUAUAUAAUAGUCCUGGGCAGCAUGACAGGACCUCAGGGAUUUAGCUACAUAGACAUUAUGGACACAGCAGGGGGGGAAAGCUCCUCUAAUGUGUGUGCAUGUUUGACAUGUGGAAUUGCAUCAUUCUAUAAUUAUUUGCUAAACAGAACAUUGCAGAAUCGGCUGUGUUUCAGCAGGGCUGGAGCAAAAGCCUGCACUGUAGCUUCGGGAGGAGCUAGGGGUCCCUAGGGGCUAGGGGUUGAUUUCAGAUAGAACUUGUCACUGAGUGUUACUGAGGUUUGUUUUGUGUCUAUCUGUCCCGUCCAGGUACGCUGACAGAGAGUUAUGACGAGCUGGGGAACCGCUACCAGCUUCCUGCCUACACUCUAGCCCCUCCUGCCAACCUCAUCACUGAAUGCACCAAUGAGAGCCAAGCUCCCGAUCAAAAGGAGCAGAAAAAGCCUCCCCCUCCUCCCAAAGAGGAGUUCCAGCUACGAGUACGCCUCUCGUGCGGUAAGAGAAACACCCUAUUCCUUUUCUCUUUUUUCAUCUGCUCAAUUUCUCUCUGCAGUUCUUCAUUGAGAUCAGAGGGGUAUACUAUGAAUCUAGAUAGAUGUACUUAGGCUUUUCUGAAAUUAGCUAGUUUCAGUUAGCUUCACAUUCCAGCUCAGGCUUCAUUCAUGUUACAAAGGUAGAUAUUGAUCAAACACCUACCGCUUACUCAAGCCUGCUCGAGCCGGGCUUGUAACUGCGCGUUCAUGUCGCACAUGGCUAGUCGCAAGUCAAUCCAUGGGUGAGUCAAUGCCACAUGUUCAUUUUUGCCCAAAUCAAAAUGAAAGAAAAUUGAACCAGCAAAUUCAGCAGACUGUGGUGUGAAAUGUGCUAUUAGAAAUGCCGUCUUUCUUACGCAUAUCGUUUCUUUGGUGUGCUUAUCAAUAUCAAUGCUUGAGUCCCUUUUUCCCCACUCCUAUCGAUAAAAUAAUUGUAUAAAGUAAUACGAAAGUUUUACUGAGCGUGAAGUUUCAAAUACAUCCUGUCAUUACUAAAUGUGUUGUGUGAUAUGUAUUUGAAAAAAAACAUAUUCCUCAAAUAUGGUCCCGAGAAUGAAGGGAUGAUGACGCACUCUUUGCGAGAGGUAGGGAAUCUAUUUUGAUUGGUCCUCAACUCACAGCUUAAACGCCUAAACAUGGCUCAAACACUUUUGUGUUACCGGUUAUCCAGAGUUGAACUCAGUUUACCAAAGUUAGCUCGCUUACUUCUCUAUCUAGAUUCAUAGUACACCACUCAGGAUAAGUCCAUGCCCCAAUCCCCAGGGUCAUUCCAAUACUAAUCAUCUGGAGUGUGAAUGUCAGCCCCUCAGGCCUAGUUUUUAUCACCUUGUUUGACAGCGUGUUUAAAGGGGGCCUGAGGAUGUGUUCGCACGUGGCAAGUCUUUGUACAUUGACUCUGCCAAAACAGUACACAGUUACAGUCACUCACCCUUUUAGAUAACUUGAAACCGUCUAACCAGGUCUUGGGUCUUGAAGUUGCCUAGGCCAGGGGUUCUGAAACCUUUUGGGUCCGGGGACCCCUUUUGUGAUAGCAAAUUCAUCAGGGACCCCCUCAUAACUUGAGUGAGAUAAAAAUAGCAUACAAAGAGUUUUACUAUGACUUCGGCAGUGCAUGGCCAGGUGAACCAAGUCUCGGGCCCUGGGAAGGAACAUUUUAAAGGCUCUCCUCUUGGCAUAUGAGAGGAAUUGUUGCAGUUUUAAAGCUUGAAGCUAGAGUCCUUAAUUGAAAUACACCAUUCCCCAUUCUACAUUCCUGAACAGACCCCUGAUUGUAGAAGUAACUUGACCAAUGUCUCUCUUCUCCACAGGCAAGGACCUACGUAUAAGCGCCUCCAUGUCAGACUCCAUUUCACAGCUGAAGAGAGCCCUGGAGGGGCAGGAGGACAUUGAAGCCGCCCACCAACGCUGGUUCUUUGCAGGGAAACUGCUAACAGACAAGACCCGGCUCCAGGACACCAAGAUACAAAAAGACUUUGUGGUCCAGGUCAUCGUGAACAACUACUCACCCGUAACCAAACUCAUACCAAACUGA